CAACGACGAUCGAUCGACAUUGCCAACUUCUGAAGCUUAAUUCGAAGCUACCUACUGCCAUCGCUGCCCUCUCCUACUCUCUAUAUGACUCGUCCUUUCUCGGCUUCCAUAGGCACACAACUUCUCUUCUCCUCUGCAGCCCCUUCCGUUGCAAUUAAAAUCGAGAUGGCCGCCUUGUUGAGAGCUUUACUCGCCCUCGCAGCAAUGGCGACCGUUCCUCCGUUCGCAGUCGCGGCGAACUACAACGUGGGAGGGCCGGGCGGCUCCUGGGAUCUAUCUACCGAUUUCACGGGGUGGGUCUCCGGCAAGAAAUUUCACGUCGGCGACACCUUGACAUUCAAGCACGCAGGGAAUCAGCACAACGUUUUGGAGGUCUCCCGCGCCGCCUACGGCACCUGCGCCACUGGCAAUCCUAUCUCCACCGAUGCCGGCGGUAACACCGUCGUCAAGCUUACCGCCGCCGGGAAGCGGUACUUCAUCUGUGGAAUCGCAGGGCACUGCUCGGCGGGCAUGAAGGUGGAGAUCGACGUCCUCGCCGCCAAACCCGCCACCUCCCCCGCCCCCUCCCCCUCGCCCUCGCCGGCGACGUCGUCAUCGCCGCCGGAAAGCUCGCUGGCCUCAGCUCCGUCGUCCGCGUCCCGAAGGUCUCAUACCGAUGCAACCCCGGCGGCGGGAUCUUCUGAUGAGUUGCCUCCAUCUAAGCCAACAACCACGGCGGUGGCUUCCGGCGGAGAGCCGGCGAAGGCUGUCGCCGGAUUCGGAUCCGGUCUGUUGAUGCUGGCGGUUUUGGUUCUUUAAGUGCCGAUAUUAUUUCUCAAAAUUUUCCCCUCCAAAAAAAAAACGUUCAUCUCCGUUCAUAAUUUGAUCUCUAUUCAAUUUGUGAUAGUUUUAAUUGAUUUUUUCCCGUGAA